CAAAUUACGGAAUAUUGGCAAUUGCCUGCUCUUAGUAUAAAUACUUAUGACUUUUAAAAUGACACCUAAAGAAUCCUAGUGUAAAAAUUAUUCAAUUUUUUUAUUUAUUUUAAAGUAAAGCAUGCAUUUACGUUACUACAAAGGAGGGCUAGAUUUACUUCUGUUACUACAGUCGUUGCUUGUUAUUGCACACCAAUGUAAUGAAGAGCCUACAAUAAGUUUUGAAGACUAUCUAGACACAGUUAAUGCUCAGACCAACAGUGUUAGACCAGAGUGGUAUGACUCAUUAGACAAUUUUGAAAAACUGCCCGGGACUCAUGUAAGCAAUCUUUAUCUUUAUCGCAAUGGUUCUAGAUGUACCCGUCACCAUUCACAGCCCAACACUGUGAGAAAUCUUGCUAGUUGCCGGUUCAAGUAUAUAGACGAUAUUGAUGAAUCUCGUUUACCAAGACGUCUCACUCACACCGUUUGUUUAUGCGAGCGUCCGAGACUACAUUCUAACAGUCACAAGUGUAAAAGUGUUAUAACGUAUGUAAAAGUAUUUCGGAAGGCAGGCUGUAAUUAUGUCUGGUACUGGGAACCGGUACCUGUUGCAUGUAUUGCAGUUUCCUUGUCAUCAGUUGAGGCUAACGUACAAUCAUCUACAAGAAUUGCCAUUGAAGAAUAACUGAAAUGGACUUUUAAUGUUUUCCUUUUAAAGACGUAAUUGUGUUCAGCUGUAUCGUCAUGUGCGUGUCAAUGUUUGAAAAUAAACAGAGCAACUUCAUUAGGUUUACAUCUUUAUGGAUUAUAAUAGCAUUAAUUUUUAUUAUGAACAGUAUUCAUCUC